AUGCCUUUAGGAACUGCCAAGCAAGUUAAUAACUUAGAAGAGCUUUUGAAACAAUCAGACUUUGUUACCAUACAUGUUUCUGAGACUAAUAAAACCAAAAAUUUAAUUAGUGAGAGAGAAAUUUAUAAAAUGAAAAAAGGAAGCUAUUUAAUAAAUACUUUUUGGAGUACUAUCGUUCAAAUUUCAGUAAUUUUAAAAGGAUAUGUAAUUGACAUGCUUUCAGAUGAUAUUAAUGAGUAUAAUAAUGAUGGGCUAAGAACAUGCAAGAAUCUAAUCUUGACACCACAUAUCAGUAAAUUGACAGAAGAAGCACAAAAAUUGAUAGGUGUAGAAGUUGCAACUGCAAUUUUUAAAUACAUUAAUCUUAAACUUUCAAUGG